GUUGCUGACGGCGUCCAGCCCGAGGCAGCCAUGGCCACGGGCUUUCUCCUUCGGUUCCGGGUCGCUGGGUUCCACCACCGUGGCGGCCGGUGGGACCAGCAUUGGCGGCGGUUUUUCUUUCGGGACUGGAGCAUCUAGCAACCCUUCUGUGGGACUCAAUUUUGGAACUCUUGGAAGCACUGCAACUCCAGCAACUACGUCUACUUCUUCUGGUGGUUUUGGAACUGUACUCUUUGGAUCUAAGCCUGCCACUGGGUUCACUCUAGGAGGAACAAACACAGGAAUAGCAACAACUAUAACUACAGGACUAACUCUGGGAACACCAGCCACUACAUCUGCAUCUACAACUAGCUUCAGUUUAGGAUUCAAUAAACCUGCAGCAUCUGCCACACCAUUUGCUCUUCAUUCUACCUCAGCAAGCUGUCUCACUCUUUCAUCUGCUCUGACAUCAACUCCAGCAGCAUCCACUGGAUUUACUCUAAAUAAUCUGGGAGGAACAACAGCCACAACUACAGCUGCAUCAACAGGCUUUUCUUUAGGGGGAGCCUUAGCUGGUUUGGGAGGUUCACUUUUCCAGAGUACAAACACAGCAGCAUCAGGACUUGGACAAAAUGCUUUAGGCCUGACUUUGGGAACUACAGCAGCUACUUCAGCUGCAGACAAUGAAGGCCUCGGUGGCAUAGAUUUUAGUAGCUCAUCAGAUAAAAAGAGUGAUAAAACAGGAACAAGACCAGAGGAUAGUAAGGCACUGAAGGAUGAAAAUCUACCUCCUGUCAUCUGCCAGGAUGUUGAAAAUCUCCAGAAAUUUGUGAAGGAACAAAAACAGGUCCAAGAAGAAAUUAGUAGAAUGUCUUCAAAAGCAAUGCUUAAAGUACAAGAAGAUAUUAAAGCUCUGAAGCAACUUCUAUCAUUGGCUGCCAGUGGAUUACAGAGAAACACUCUUAAUAUUGAUAAAUUGAAAGUAGAAACUGCUCAGGAGUUAAAGAAUGCUGAAAUAGCUUUAAGAACCCAAAAAACACCACCUGGACUUCAACAUGAAAAUACAGCUCCUGCUGACUACUUCAGAAUCUUGGUUCAGCAAUUUGAGGUACAGCUCCAACAAUACAGACAGCAGAUUGAAGAACUAGAAAACCAUCUUGCCACCCAAGCAAAUAAUUCACAUAUAACCCCUCAAGAUUUGUCAAUGGCUAUGCAGAAAAUUUAUCAAACAUUUGUAGCUUUAGCUGCACAACUUCAGUCUAUUCAUGAAAAUGUAAAGGUACUCAAAGAACAGUACCCUGGCUGCAGAAAAAUGUUCUUGGGAGAUGCUGUAGAUGUAUUUGAAGCCAGGCAAGCAGAAGCUAAGAAGUGGCAGAAUGCACCCAGAGUUACUACUGGACCAACCCCUUUCAGCACCAUGCCAAAUGCAGCAGCCGUUGCCAUGGCUGCAACACUUACGCAGCAGCAACAGCCUGCUACAGGUCUGAAUGCAUUCAAGUUAUAGCUUCUUACUGUUCAAAUGCUGAACAUUUAUGUGCAUUUUUAUAAGUCUUCCUUUUGUGUGAGCCCUGAAAAAAUUUCUAUGAACAGCUGUUUCAGUACAGUCUAAAAAUUGUGAUCGACACAAUUAUAAACACACCUGACAAAAAAUGCAGGGUAGUCUAGCAAUAAUUAUACAUCAGAUAUUGACUAUUGUGAAUUAACUCAAUGUUAUUUGCUGUAUUGCUAUAAAUACCCUUUAGACUAUGGUGUUUCGCUACUGAAUUACAUUUAAGAAUACCAUUAGGUUCUAAAAUCGUGAUUGUAUCAUUUUUUGUUUCAAAGUCAGAUAUAAUCCAUCCAUAUGUUGCAUUUUUCAUGUAUGAUACUGAUAGAUGGUGCAUUCUGACCUUUUUCAUACAUAAUGAUUGCAAAGUACCCACAUUCAGGAUGCAGUGUGAUUUUAUUGACUGAAGAUGUGUUGAAGAUCAGUAGAUUUGCUUUAUGUACUUUGACAAAAAACAGAAUACAGGUCCUGUAAGCCAAAUUUUGAAGACUAUACAUCCGAGAAUUAUUUGUUCCUUUUCAAAAUAAGGGCUCAUGGACAUAAAAGAAAGUAGCAAGAGCAGGAAGAGGACGU